AGUACCAUUCGAAACCAGUGUAUGUCGAAGCAACGUAGUGUUUCGGUAGUAUGUGAGAUUUUCGUCAUUUCUAGUUGUAAGUGAAGUAUUUGUUACUUUUAUUGUGUUGUGUUACAAGAAAAGAUCGGAUUUCAAAAGUACUAGAAACAAAGGAAGCAUCGGAUAAGAAAACAAGGAAGAUAUUAUCUACCACUUUCAUUGUUUCUUCAAUUAAUAUUGUGACAAUUGUGUAUUGACUAGUAGUGUAUGAUUCUUUUGAAGUAAUGUGAAAUUUAUAAUAAGUGAAAAUUACCAAAUGAUCAAUAAACAGUGUUUGAUGAUCAAAAAAUGGUAUCUUAUGUGAAUUUUUCGGUGUUAAUCAUCUGGACCACGGAAUUUUUUGUGGUUGGUGUGACUCAUCCAACCGUGGAAAUUCCGUGGGUACAUCCUUCUAUAGAAGUUCUAGAUGAAAUCAACGAUGCUGAAAUUCUUAAGGCUGUUCAGUCGUCUGUUAGUGAAUGGAAGAGAAAACGAGAAUUAAAGCGGAUUACUAAUAGAUUAAAAAGAGAAGAUAUUCCAAGUGCUUGCUAUAAGGACGUAGGAUGUUUCGAGGCAUCAGGACCAUUUCAAUACCUAGAUACUAUCCCAGACAAACCGGAUGAUAUAGGUACGAAGUUUUUGAUGUACCCAGGUAGAAGAAGGCGAAAAAGAGGAUCACCUCCCGCUGAAGUGCCAUUUGAAAAAUUAGACGAAGCGUUCGAAUGGGCCAAAGACGGAUUCAAUGGUAGUUUACCAACGAAAGUUUUGGUUCAUGGUUUCGGUAGUGAUUGUAACUAUAUUUGGGUGUACGAGAUCAGAAGUGCUUUGAUGGCUAUUGAAGAAGUUAAUAUAAUUUGUGUUGAUUGGAGUAACGGAGCUUCUCUACCAAAUUAUUUGAAAGCCUCAGCAAAUACAAGACUUGUCGGUAAACAAUUAGCAUUGUUAUUGAGAGGUCUUGUUGAAAAAAUUGGACUUUCAUUAAAAAAAACUCAUAUCAUCGGUUUCAGUUUAGGAGCUCACAUUGCCGGGUUUGCUGGAUCAGAUCUUGGAAAUUUGAGCAGAAUUACCGGUUUAGAUCCCGCAGGUCCCCUAUUCGAAUCUCAAGAUCCUCGAGCUCGUUUGGAUCAAAGUGAUGCGGAAUUCGUGGACGUUAUUCAUAGUAACGGCGAAAAUCUAAUCCUCGGAGGAUUGGGAACGUCUCAACCGAUGGGUCAUGUUGAUUUUUAUCCAAACGGAGGGAGAAUGCAAAAGGGAUGUAGUCAUUUAUUUGUUGGUGCUGUCAGCGAUAUCAUUUGGUCAUCACCAGUUGAAGGGCGGUCACUUUGUAAUCACAGAAGGGCGUAUCACCUUUUUAUCGACUCUGUUUCACCAAGAUGUCAUUUUCCCGCGUUUCCUUGCGAUUCCUACGAAGAUUUUCUGAAUGGAAAAUGUUUUCCUUGUACUGAGGAAAGACAAUGUGGCAACAUGGGAUAUUACGCCGAUAGAUCUAAAGGAAGAGGGCAACUUUAUCUGAUAACUAGAGAGGAAGAACCUUUUUGUGCUCAUCAAUAUCACGUGAAAAUUGAAUCGAGCUCGAGUCCUGUUCUAAUAAAAAGUUACGGAAAAUUACAAAUUACUUUAGUUGGAGAAUCAAGUUUGAACGAAACUUUUACAAUGACAAAAAAAGACGAUGAGGAAAUGCGACUUGGAGAAUCAAUUUCUAGGAUAUUAGUACCUCAUCCCAUAUUAUCACAACCUAUUCAAAUUGAACUACUUUAUACAGCAUAUAGUGGAUGGUUAUCUUCAGGACUCACGCAAUGGAGAAUUGACAAAGUUAUUCUAAUGGAUAGUUUUGGAAAAACAUCAUCAGUAUGUAAAAAAAAUCUUAUUCUCGAAUCAGGGAAACCUGUGCUGUUGCCUUUAUAUCCAGGCGAAUGUAAUUUGCCUAAGAAUAAAUUUGAUAUUCAGUCAGACGAUAGGAUUAAUUCUCAAGGAGAUGAAAAUAAAAUUUUACCAAUAAACAAAAAGCUGAAUUUUGUUCCCACGCAGGUUGUUAAGUUUGGUUUGGAAGACGGUAAUAUCACAAAGUCCGAAAAAGAACGAAUAUCUUUCAAAAAUGCAAUGGAUUUCUUCAAUAUACCUUGGUCUAAUGAUAAAGAUAAUUAUAUACUAGAUGAAGCAGAAUCUAGUAGAGCUUUUAAUACUAGAUUAGUAAAAUCUGGUUCCUCAACUGAAAAUAACACACAAAAAGAAAUCGUUGAACCAAUAUUAAAAACGCAUUCAUCGAAAAAUGCCAGAUCGCAUGAUCCAAAUAAAGAAAUUGAAAUCACUGAACCUCUUUUAGGACCUACAACAGACAAAAAUUCUGGUAAAAAAUCCAAAGAAAUUGAAAUUAUAGAAAAACAAACGACAACACAAAUACCUGUAAAUAAACUUUCUACAAAAGUUGAUAAAGAACCAGAUCAAUUAGAAGAACCAUCUGAGAACCCGUUAGAAUCAAUUGCGAAUACUGUGCAAUUUCUACCACAAAGGUUAGCGAAAAUGUUCGAACAAGCAGAGAAAUAUGCCAGAGAAACAAUAUUACCACUCGUCAGUACGUAUACCCCAAGAUUUAUCAGUGAUAUUAUAGCUCCAGAAAGAAGUAGUAGUCAAAUUUAUGUACCUUUGAAAUACGAAGAACCUACAAAUAAAGUUAUACUUAACUCAGCUCUAUUAUCAACCGGAAACAGAAAUAAGAAUAACGAAGAAUUCAAUCCUCCUCCAUCGACUGAACGUAUUUUUAGUAGUACUGCGGAAAUUACAACACCAGUUACAAAUAUCCAGAAAAUUAGAAAAAAAGGAGAAUCUGAAGAUGUGCUUGGAGAACAAACAAAACUGAUAAAAUCCCUACAGAAGCAGAAUGAGGAUGAACCGGCUGUAGAAGAAUCACGUCAUACGAAAGAAGAAAUCAGCUGGUAUGAACAAGGGAAAACUACCCGUAGUUCUGAGAAAGCUAGAGACGAUCAUAAUUUACAGGCGCCUAGAAGUUUUGCAAAUCCUCUCGAUUCGCUAAUAGGAACUGUUCAGGUUAUCCCGGAAAACAUCGGAAAGAUGCUGCACGACGCGGAAGCAUUCGCUAAGGAUAAUGUCUUGCCUAUCGUAGUGAACUGGACACCGAAAUUUAUUGCCGACAUUAUCAGUCCCAGGAAAAAGCGGACGUUUAUUCCAUUCCUUGUAGAAGAGAAUAUAUAACAAAAGGUAUUAAGAAUACCAGGGAAUUUUUUAUAAAAAGAUUAGUAGUUCAGGUAGUGUUUAUUUGUAAAUAUAAUAUUUAUAAUA